CCGCUCAGCUCAACCAACUCGAUACAUGGAGAAGACACAGACCAAACGCUCGGAGGAGAUACCGGUGCUUCACAAACAGGAAUCAGGAUGGUCUAUAGCUCGGCUCUGGUCUUUGGACACCUCUUGUCGGAGGAAGAAAACGUCGUAGAGAUGAUAGGAAAGUGCUUUUGUCCGCUAAAGAUAACAGGACAAAAGAUGAGUUCAUCCCGGCGGGGAAGCGUCGAGAGCUACGAAGAAAGCGAGAGCAUUUCAUCCUUUGCUGACCUGGACGCUGGUCUGGAGCACGAACAGCGGCUUUUCCAGCAGGUUGUGACUCAGCAGAUGGAGCGUCGCCUCACUGAGGCCAAGGCUUCCAUCCUCAACUGCCAGGUGCUGCUGCUACCUCGCCACAUGACCACCAGGAUUAGUCAGGAUGUGGUGCGUGCUUCUGCUGAUGAGCCCUGUGGGCUCCGGGGGGCCUCCAUCAAGCUCUACAUCGAUGGCAAAGACGGCCUGAAGUACAUUGGGAGCAUCUUCCCCGAUUCCAGCGUCACGCCAACUUUCGAGCUGUCUGUGGUCUUCAAGGCAGAAAGUGAUGGCUGGCCGUCAUUCAAGAACAUCUUCGAUACCAACAAAGUUUUGAAGCUGAGACCAGAGUACCGACUGGUCAAGAGGAAGCUCUACUCCUCUGCCAGUCCUGUUGUUCACGACUUCAACUAGGGGUGAAGAUGAGACGCUAAACCAUUACCCAUGUGUGGUUUUAACCAUCAGCUACAUGUAGUCUGCCAUGCACUGGAACCUGAUUGCCUUCCUGUAGUUUUUAAAGUGAGUUAUUUUUCUGUAUGAAACUCUGACAGGAGGCCCACUGUAUUUUUUUUUCUUUUUUUUAUAUUUAUUUUUUUUCCCUUUUCCUCUAUUCUGUAGUUGAUGACAGUAUUUUUGCACCAGUAUUUGAAUGUAAAGAUGUGUACACUGGAAAUGUGUCAGUACAGGAUUGGGCAGGUCUCAUUCCUGAAAGAUGCUUUUUAAUAUACAGAAUGCAAAAUAAACUUUUUGCACAACUUCA